GUGUCGAGCUCGCGCUCAUGGCGGCUGCAGGCAGGGCGCGCGCAGUCCUGGAGCGCCUCAGUUUAUGAACGUGAGAAGAAAGGAAAACGUUAAAAAUGUGGCGGGGAUAAACUAAACAGCCUCCGGUUGUGCGUGUUAAAUAAUGUUUGCAGAGGCCAGUCUGUCCAUCUGGGGAUGGGGGGGUCUGGGAGUCGUCCUCUUCCUCAUCACGUUUGGACCCUUUGCCAUCUUUUAUCUGGCCUUCUACAUCCUCUGUUUCAUUGGCGGGGGUUUUGUAGUGCUUCUUUUAUUUGGAAAGAUAAGCUCAGAGAAACAUCUGGAAAGGUGUGAACACUCCUACCUGCCAUCGACACAGACGUCCGUACUGAAGGUUUUGGAGGAGAUGAAAUCAGAGUCCAAACCCAUAAAGAUCGACCGUCGUCUGACAGGAUCCAGUAUCAUAGAUGAGCCACUGCAGCAGGUUAUCCAGUUUGCUUUGAGGGACUAUAUCCAGUAUUGGUAUUACACAUUGAGUGACGAUGAAACGUUCCUCUUGGAGAUCCGACAGACGGUCCAGAACGCCCUCGUUGAGUUCUCCACCAGAUCUAAAGAAGUUGACUGGCAGCCGUAUUUCACCACCAGACUGGUGGAUGAUUUUGCAACUCACCUGCGUGUUUUCAGAAAAGCUCAGGAGAGGCUGAAUGAAAGAGAAGAUCCAAAACAACGUGACGCUCCGGAAGAGAUGCUGGAUUGGUUUUUCGAGGCGGAGGUGGAAAUGGAAAGGAAGAUUUGUAGAGACGUCGUGUGCACGUCACGCAAAGAUGAAGAAGGUUACCUGCGUGAUCUCUGUGAAGUGCUGCUGUACCUGUUACUACCUCCUGGAGAUUUCCACAACAAGAAUAUGAGAUACUUCCUCAGGGAAGUUUUGGCCAGAGGAGUUCUGCUGCCCUUAAUUAACCAGCUGAGUGACCCUGAUUACAUCAAUCAGUUCAUCAUCUGGAUGAUUCGUGACUCAAGCUGCAACUACGAGGCCUUCAUGAACAUCUUAAAGUUGACAGACAAAGCGGCCGAGCUGGAGGCCGUCAAAGACAAAGUCAUAGAGGAGCUUCAGUAUCUCCGAUCUCUGGACACGGGCGGAGACGAUAUCAACUACAUAAAGAAUCAAAUCAAUAGUUUGCUUUUUGUGAAGAAAGUCUGUGAAACACGCAUACAACGGCUACAAUCAGGGAAGGAAGUUGACGCUUUGAAACUUGCAGCUAAUUUUGGGAAGUUGUGUGUGAUUCCGUUGGAACAUAUAUUAGUGCACAAUAUCGCGCUGCAGUUCUUCAUGGAUUACAUGCAGCACAUGGGCGGUCAAGCGAUCCUGUUCUUCUGGCUGACGGUGGAGGGCUAUCGGGUCACGGCCCAGCAGCAGCUGGAGGUCUUACAGGGCGGCCACAGAGACGGAAAGAGGCCGAGCAGCCAGACCACCAAAGGCCUGCUGAGAGCGGCCGCGCUGGGCGUCUACGACCAGUACCUGUCCGAGAAGGCCUCUCCUAGAGUGCAGGUGGACGAAGCGUCUGUAACCAAACUGGCUCAGAAACUUAACAAAGAGGAUCCCACACCAGAGAUAUUCGAUGAAAUCCAGAGAAAGGUGUACGAUAUGAUGUUGCGGGAUGAGAGGUUUUACCCAUCGUUUAAGCAGCACCCGCUGUAUGUGCGGAUGCUGGCCGAGCUGGACAUGCUGAAAGAGCCCAGUUUCAGGGGUUCAGACGAUGGGGAUGGAGAGUCAUUUAACGGAUCUCCAACAGGAAGCAUUAAUUUAUCAUUAGAUGAUCUCAGCAGUGGGAGCGUGGAUGAGUCUGUUCAGCUUCAUGCCUUUAUCUCUGAUACGGCUGAUGCUUUUCUAAACCAACUUCCUGUGGCAGGCGUGUGUAACGAUCACGGGAAGACGUACGCCCUCUAUACCAUCACCGUCAUACGCAAGAACUCAGACGGCAGCGAGGACAUCUGGAAGACGUACCGCCGCUACAGCGAUUUCCACGACUUCCACAUGCGCAUCACAGAGCAGUUUGAGAGCCUUGGUCCAAUUCUCAAGCUUCCUGGCAAAAAGACCUUUAACAACAUGGACAGGGAGUUUUUGGAGAAGAGGAAGAAGGACCUGAACGCUUAUUUACAGCUGCUGCUGAAUCCUGAGAUGGUGAAGGCCUGUCCCGUGCUGAUGCCCUAUGUCUAUGACUUCUUGGAGAAUAAAGCCUACAGCAAGGGCAAAGGAGACUUUGCACGCAAGAUGGACACGUUUGUGAAUCCUCUCCGGAGCUCCAUGCGGAAUGUGUCCAAUGCCGUGAAGUCACUGCCGGACAGCCUGGCCGAGGGAGUGUCCAAAGUCUCGGCGGACAUGGGCCGCAUGUCCGAGAAACUUGGCCAGGAUAUUAAACAGUCCAUAUUUAAGGUGCCUCCUUUAAUCGCAAAGUCUGACAUCGAUCCUGAACACUGCCGCGUCUCGGCCCAGCUGGACGACAAUGUGGAUGAUAAUAUUCCACUGAGGGUGAUGUUGCUGUUGAUGGACGAGGUGUUUGAUCUGAAGGAGAGAAAUCAGUGGCUGCGCAGAAACAUCAAAAACCUCCUACAGCAGCUCAUCAAAGCCACGUAUGGAGACACCAUUAACAGGAAAAUUGUAGAUCACGUCGACUCCAUGACCUCACCUGAGCAAGUGUCCGACUAUGUGAAGAGAUUCAGAGACUCUUACUGGCCAAACGGGAUCCUCGCCGAGACGCCGCCCCGCAGAGACAAAAGCUUACGCAUGAGGACGCGAGUCGCCGCCAAGACCACACUCCUAGGCAUCAUGCCAGAUGAGUUGAAGCACAUCAUCGGGGCGGAAACCACACGCAAGGGCAUCCUGCGCGUCUUUGACAUGUUCCAGUACCAACCGCUGAACCGCCGGCUGGCCUACGUGUUUCUGGAGGGCUUCCUGGAGACCUUGUUUCCUCAGUACAAGUUCCCCGAGCUGUUCGUGAAGCUCCACUCGCGCUCGCCGCGCGUACUCAGAUAUUCACAGAAAUUGCGCAGCUUGCACAAGAGGUGACAGACGGACGCUUCUCCCGCCGACGCAGAGGGGGAGGACGAACCAGCGGCCGCCCACCGCAACAGAGCCGCCCAGAAGAUGGCGGCGCGCGUUCUGGAUGUUGCAACGGCACGCGCUCGAACACACGCCUCCCUCUUAGUGCCUCGUGGCUGUUCUCGUUUAAAGCACUGUAUUGACACGGCCGUAGCAUAGAGGAUUCAUCUUAUCAUCGUGAAGCGUUCGGCACCUCGGUCACGUCUGAACCACUACGAAAGACUGCGGCGCCUGAGCACCGAGCCAUCGCUCUUUCCGUUUGCCGUGCAUUUCUGAUCUGAUGUUUCGAAUGACACUGUGUAGAUAUAUAUACGAUUUGUUUUGGUUUAUUUCGGGUUUGUUUUUGUAUUUGGCAUUGGUCGCCUCAUCGUCAAUACUGUAUGGUGAAGGAAAUCUGACCGAAGCAACCUAUGCACCUUAACACUCAUUACAAGCAGAACCAUACGAGGAGGCUCGGCAGCAGUGUAUUAUGAUCACUUUGUGGCACUGAAACUGAAAUGGGCGUAACUUUGUCCUGCCAACCAAUCGGUUGCAUGAAGUGGGUGGGGUUUAAAACAGGCCACGCCCCUCAGCCUUUUGCUUACUUGUAAAGCUAAUCUAAAAUGACUAAAAGGAAUACUUGAGGCAAAAAUUUUAAUUUGCUGAAACUGUCCUCACCUUCAGGUCGUACAAGAUGAAAGUGAAUGGGUGCCGUCAGAAUGAGAGUCCAAACAGCUGAUAAAAACAUCACAAUACUCUACAAGUAAUCCACACCACUCCAGUCCAUCAGUUAACAUCUUUAGAAGCCAAAAGCUGCGUGUUUGUAAGAAACAAAUCCAUCAAGACAUUUUUAACUUCAAACCGUCGCUUCCAGCUAAAAUAUGAAUCUAUAUUUCAUAAUAACGCUUCCUCAAGUGAAAAAGUCAAUCUCUUGUUGUCUCACAUCAAAAUCCAUAUUUGUUUAGAGGUGUUUCUCUUGUAAACAAUGCUUGAUCUGUGCAGAUUUCUCUCCUGAUUUAGACUAGACCACUUCUUCACUGGAGAAAACAUUAUCAUUGAUUAUGGAUAAAAGCGCCUUAUAAAUUUGUUUUGUUUUUCUUCUCAAGAUGUUAACCAAUGGACUGGAGCGGUGUGAAUAACUUGUGGAUUAUUGUGAUGUUUUUAUCAGCUGUUUGGACUCUAACGGCACCUUCUGACGGCACCCAUUCACAUCCAUUGGUGAGCGAGUAAUGUGAUGCUACAUUUCUCCAAAUCUGAUCAAGAAACAAACUCGACUACAUCUCGGAUGGCUUAAGGUUGAGCGUACUUUCAACAAAUGAAUUUUUGGUUGAACUAUUGCUCAAACUAGCCCUCAAACAUAUCAAAGCGGACAGAAAUGGAAUUCAAGCGUAUAUUUGCAUGAGCGUCUCAGACGGCAACAUGGAGCUCAUCGCAUACGGAGAUAUGCUUUAACGAAUGUACGUGUCGAUGUUUGUGUGCGUCCUGUUUUUAUAACUCAAUCCAGUGGAGGGUCGUGUUCAUGUGUUUUUUUUAAAAGUACUUUAUUUUAGAAUAGCAAGUGUAGCACUAAACUGCAACCGUCUGAUGCCGAAGACUGUUUCAGCGUGAGAUAUAGAUUCAGCCUUAAACACAAGACCAAGAGACGCGUGUUUAGACGUAGCUUUCACACGGACGCGCACAAAGGAGAUCUCGACUGUCCGAACUUGAUUUUUUUCAAUCAGAGAAUAUGUAAUUCGUUUUUUGUGCAAUAUGUUUCUUUACUGCAUGUUCUAUAAUAAUCGUAUAUGGGAUAGUUUUCAAGUAUAUUCGAGUGAAGAAUUUCAGAAGCCAAUUUGAAACCACAAGAAACUCUUCGAAACCACAGAAACAUUCCGUUGUUGUAAAUGGCUUAUUUUAAAGGACUUGUUUUAUAAGUCUGGCUUUUAUGCUUGUGUUGGGGAUGUUUUCAUUUGUUUUUAACGUUUCGUCACUCCUGCUGUUUUCGCAAUGGAUUUUGGUGCGUUUGCUUUUAGGAAAUGAGUGAAAGCACACUGUAGGUGAACGGAUGAUCAAAAUGUGCAAAGACACGAAAGACGCUGCCGAGGUCAGAGGUCAUCUGGCGUUUGAGCACACGGAUCUUAAACACUCUUUCUUACUGUUAAACACUCUCUAGUCACGUUUAUGACAGAUCUACACUUUACAAGAACAUGCAUGGGUCAUAUUUCACCCCAAAUUAUUAUUAUUAUUUUUGUUAAUGAUGAUUAAGCACAUUUUUUCCUGAGUUAUCAUUGCUGUAAUGUAAAAAAAAAAAAAGUUAUAAAAUCAUUUAAAAAUAAAUUGAAAUAUUUUUAAAUAAUUAUAAUUAUAAAUUAUAAAAAUGUUUAAUAUUUUACAUAAAUAUUAUAAUAUUGUUAUAAUAUAAUAAU